AUGUCCGCUCCAAUGAUGAAUAGUUGGUUCGACCAUGAUCUAUGGAAUCACCUCUUUUUGCAGCUGAGUACGGCCGAGCCAUCUGUUUGCCACGCUGUCAUCGCUGUCGGAGCCUUACAUGAAGAGACUCAAGGGUCUUGCGACACGAUCCCGUCACAGGGUGUCCCCCUGAAUAUUCCUCGCCGGUUUGCCCUGGAGCAAUAUGGGCGAGCAAUUGCUGCGUUGAACUCAAGGAUGGGAUCCAAUGAUUUUGAACUCAAGAACACAGCCCUACACCUAGACGAUCAAGCAGUUUACUUUGGGAAAUCAAAUCCACGCGGCUUUCUUAAGGCACCAUCAAUCAAUGUGGAUCACCAGAAUCCAAUCGCCCUUGAUACGCUCGCGGCCGCUUUUAGAGUACGAAACUGCUUUUUAAGCACGCUUUCUGAAUUCCUUGCAUUCUGCGAAUCGCUAUCCUCAGAUAAUAUUGCUAGACAGUGGUCUAUAUUGGUUGUCUGGCAACAGCACAUGCGAGCGCUCCUAGCAGAGCUCCAAAGCGCAUUAGACAGGCUUGAAGCAAAAAUAAGACAUGGAAACGAUGAUGAAGAAAGGGGCUUGCUAAAACAAAAGCACAAGUACGCAUUCAAAAUACUACGACUUCACUGCGGCCUUUUUUCUUUGCAGACCGAUCUAUGCUUGUUGUGGAAACGGGAACGAGUUGAAGACGAGGUAUAUACACUGCGAUUUCACGAUAUUGUUGAUCAAUGCGAAGCUAUCGCCAAGACAGAAUAUUACCAUCAACAACCCAGCCAUUUGAUGGAGAUUGGAGUUAUCCAGCCUCUGUAUUACGUUUGUGAGCGAUGUGCGGAUCAGCGAAUCGUGCAGAGGGCGAUGGACGCUCUUGAAAAUUGGUCUCAUCGCGAAGGCCUGUGGUCUUCUCGACUCGCUAUUCAUAUGGUUGAAAGUGGGAACUAA